CUCAUAUCCAUAGACAGAAGGACGAAACAAUGGGACCAUUUCAAAGGGAUACUGAACAGACUGGAUGAAAGGAUGGCUGAGGUUGAAACUGUGUUGAUUGAGAAGUACGAGAGAGAAAGGUUGCAAGCCAUGAGAACUUUUGACGCUGUAGAUGAUUUGAAGAAGGUCCUACUGCCACAAAUCGUUGACGAACUGAAGAAGGAGAUACUUGAAGCACUUGCACAACAAAAGAAGAACGACAAACCGCCACCUCCACCACCUGCACCAAAACCAGAAAUAACCAAGAAAGAUCUCGAUAGCAUAAAAGAAAGUAUCAAUAAGAAAGUUGACAGCAUCCAAGAAUCGAUUUCAAAAUUAGAAAAGGAGUUUAGAAACGUCAAAUCAGACAAGGAAACAUGUUCCCAACUCAAUAAGAAAGCAAACGAUACCUUAAGCAAAAUACAGGAUAAAGUUGAGGAUGAAGAGAAAGUGUUAACGAAGUUUUCCAAAAAACUUGCAGAAUUUAAAGAUAGCUGCAAAACUGAUGAAAUACAAAUGAAGGAGCAAACCAAUUGGCAAAAGAACUUCUCGAACUCUUUGACAGAGCACAAGGAACAUCUUCAAGACCUCAUAAAUGAUUUGAAAAAUGUCUCCAAAAAACUGGAUUCGCUCCCACAAAACGAAGAUUUGGAAAAAAUAGCAAACAACACCAAAAAUAUCGUAAAGGAAAUCAAUCAAAACACCGAUGCCAGAGCUCAGGUUAUAAUUGAAGACGUCGACUAUAAGACAAAAGACUUGAAAGAUAAACUAACGAAAGAUCAUGAAGAUUUGGUGAAGUCCAUUGAAGAAUUGACUAACAUAACCGACACUCUGGGGUCAGAGUUUGGUGACAAUGUAGAGGAAAUCAAGAAUAGCAUAAAGUCGAUAAAGAAAGUAGAUGAGGUGAUGGUGAAAACUGCUGAUAAUGUUUUCGAUACCAAGCGUAGGUUAGAAUACGGCGUUCAUCAAAUUCUAGGUGAAAUGGGCCAACUGAUGAAGACUGCUACCAAUGAUAUAUCAACCACUGUAGCAGAAAGGUAA